AUGUGGCCGAGGGAAAUAAAAUUACACGAAAAUAAGAAUGACGCUAAAAAAAAAACUUUAGAAGCUGGAAAUGAUGAUGUAGGUGUACAUGAAUCUAUUUUGGGAAAAAUGUCUACAAUCCGUAUCCGGGCUGGUUCGUCUCCGGAAAAGCCAAAGAACAAUCAGUGUUGCUCAAACGACAGAACCGAUGGGACAGAACGUUCAGUGCAACGCAACAUACGUACGUGUCUUGCAAAACAACUGGGCUGCUGUGGUGAAAUAUCAGCUAAUGAAUGCAGAAGUUGCAUGCCCAAUGAGAGCAAUGCGUGUGGUGGUGGGUCCACACCAGAAAAAAAUUCGUGUGAAACCGGCACCCCCGAAAAAAAGCCGUGUGGGACCGGCUCCCCUGAGAACAGUCCAUCCGGAAGUGGGCCCCGCGAGGGAAAUCCAUGUGGAAGCGGACCUUCGGAGAAAAAUCCAUACGUUACAGAGCCAUCCGACAGAAAAUCACGCACGAGCGGCUUACCCGAGAAAGGUGUCUUUGCGAGUAGGACUAAACAGCAGCAUCCCGCAGUCGACCCAGUAGAUCAGAUUAUCGAAGAAGGUCUACAGCAGCGGUCUAACAGUAGGCGGUCACGGAGGCUGGAACCAAACCUUAACGAACCACAGCAAAAUAAAAGACACAGACAGUCUAAAACUGUAGUACCGAGACCUUUUGGUACUUUAGGUUAUCAACCGGAUUUCUAUGACGAUGCAGUAGACAUGCAGAAUUGGCAAGAAAAUAGAAAUAGACAGAGACAUCGUACUGGGGACGAGGAACAGAGACAACGGUCUCGGGCUGUACCUGAUUUAGGUUUUGUACCAUACGUAGACGAAGACCAACCGAAUGGUGGUAGCCCAGCUAGCCGGCGACAAGAUCGAGUUCCAGUAAAUAACGAGACACUCCAGAUACAACAGGAGUUGCUCAGUGUGGAACGACAACGGUUGAAAUUGUUGAAGCGCGUAAAACGCAUCCAUUAUGCUCUACUGGCCGAGGUGGAGACAUAUGAACAGCGACCGGAAGAAAUGCAGGCACAACGGCAGAGUCGAAUAGAAAACGAGAAACAGAAACUGUCGGAAAUAAGACGACGCGUGGAGGCCAGGCACCAGGAACGACAGGGUACCGAGCAGCAGCAGUUUGACGGUCAGGUGACGUCACCAUCCUCACAGUAUUGUGGACGGAACGCGUUGGCUCAGAGAGAUCCGUUAACAACACCAAACCGACCUGCAGAAGCCGACCAACAACAACGUCGAAAGUUAUACUAUAGGCCACCUGCAGCUAACUCCGGGUGUACCGCGACAUUAGAUGAAAGUAGUGAUGAACGAUUGCCUGUGGUGAGACAAGCUCAAGCUCCGAAACUGCGAAUACCGUACCGACCUCCGUCACAGAGUGACAGCAGUAGCAGUGCUUGCGAAGAAUGCAAUUGUCAGAUUUCGCCGUCUGCUGGGGUGACAAACGCGACAAGGCCUGAUCGACGAAGGAGGGUCGCGAGCACAGGACCAGCGAACAUAUUACGUAACAACAGACAACAACAGAACCAUAGUGAUGGCCGCGGUGGGACGAGGCCACGGACAAUGGACGCCGCCACUUCAGCUGCUCCGGGUGAAGUUCCAUUGGACACGUCCGGUUACUAUUAUAACGCAACCCGUAACGGUACUCCACGUUUGACGACACAAAGUUUGAAUUUCAUAUGUAACUGCAAUGACAACCGUUGCAGAGGACGCAAAUAG